AUGGAGAAGAUAUCAAGUAAUCCCCCACCGCAGGAACUCUUAAAUGAUGGACCCGAUGAAGGGGAUUCGUCAUCUUGCCCUCCGGCCAGCACCUGGACGGUGGUCUAUCUCACUAUUGCGCUCUGUCUCGGUGUUCUUUGCAUGUCGUUGGACGUCACCAUCAUCACAACGGCAAUACCUCGCAUCACUGAUCAGUUUGACUCACUAAACGACGUGGGUUGGUACGGCAGUUCCUUUCUCCUCACAAACUGCGCCACAACCCUUGCCUUUGGCAAGUUGUAUACAUUCUACUCCACAAAAUGGGUGUACCUAUCCGCUCUCUUUCUGUUUGAACUCGGUUCUCUUGUCUGUGGAGCUACUCCGACCUCUGUUGGCUUGAUUCUGGGUCGAUGCAUCGCAGGUACGGGUGCUGGGGGUAUCUUCUCCGGGAGUCUCUUGAUUAUGGCCCAGACUGUUCCUUUGCACCGUCGCCCAAUCUUCACGGCCUUGCUUGGUGCUAUGUACGGCAUUGCUAGUGUCGCGGGUCCUCCAUUGGGAGGCGCGUUGACAGAUCACGUCUCUUGGCGUUGGUGUUUCUAUAUCAACCUGCCACUCGGUGCUAUCACAAGUAUCUUCGUCCUGUUUUUCUUCCAUGCCCCUGCUCCAGUCAAAAGACGCCCUGACUUCCGCAAAAUGCUAGGCGAACUGGACCCUCUGGGCACGUUCUUUUUCCUACCUGCCAUCAUUUGUCUUCUUCUGGCCCUCCAAUGGGGUGGUGCCCAAUAUGCUUGGAAUAACCCCCGGAUCAUUGCUCUGUUUGUGCUCAGUGGUGUUCUCCUAAUUGUCUUUGUGGCUAUUCAGGUCCGCCAGAAUGAAAAGGCCACACUUCCACCGCGUAUCGUCUGCAAUCGCAAUAUCUGGUCGGCAGCCUGGUUUACCAUUACACUUAAUGGUGCUUACUUUACCUUCGCUUACUACCUUCCUAUUUGGUUCCAGGCAAUCAAAGCGGCCUCGGCCACCAAAUCAGGUAUAAUGAACUUGCCGAGUAUUAUCGCAGUCGUUAUCGUCUCCAUUGUAUCCGGUACUCUCGUCACUAUCUUCGGCUAUUACAAUCCCAUCAUGAUCAUGGCCUCUUGCACAUUAGCAGUUGGUGCGGGUCUACUCAGUACCCUGAAUGUAGACUCGGGGAGUGGCGAAUGGAUCGGCUACCAGAUUCUAAUGGGAAUGGGGGUUGGAUUUGGAUUGCAACAGCCAUUUAUACUGGUGCAGAAUGUACUAGCCGAUGAAGAUAUCCCUAUUGGGACAGCCGUGGUGACAUUUGCACAGACCCUGGGAGGUGCGAUCUUUAUUUCGGUGGGUCAAAAUAUCUUCCAGAACCAAUUGAGGAAAGCCAUGCACCUGGAAGAUCCCUCGGUGGAUAUCGCCAAAGUUCUCGCGGCUGGUGCGACGACUUUGCGCAAGAAGCUUCCAGUUGAGCAGCUGCCAGCAGUUCUUCGAUCCUACAAUACCGCUAUUACCCAGGCAUUUUACGUAGGCGUGGCUUUGGCAGCGCUUUCCAUUUUAGGGACCAUCGCGUUGGAAUGGAAGUCCAUGAAGAAGCCGAGAAACACUACACCUGCACCCAACGGUGACGAGGCGAGUUGA